UAUUUUGUGAUUUUAAAGUAUUUAUUACUUGUGAGUGAUACAAAAUGUCUAAAAGAUUUGGUCUAGGUUUAUCUAGAAAAAGUAGCGACAAAAGAUGUAGAUUGAGCGGUUCUCAAUUCAUACCACCAACACAGUUAUCUUCGAAUAAUUCAAAAUCAUCUCCAAAAUCUCCACCUUUAAUAGAAGAUGAUAAUGAUGACACCGACUUGUCAGAUAUUUCUUUUAAAGAACCGCAAUUCAAUAGUACGAGAAUUGAAAAUAAUGCUUCACAACCAGUUUUGAGGACAUCACAAUUAAAAUCGGGAUCCCAACAUUCAUUGCGAAAGAAUUUAGUUGUCGAAAAUACAAAAGAAAAAUCUGCUAAAACAUUUUUCCAGGAUGUAUUGGAAAAAAAUGGAAUUUUGUUCAAACCAGAAGAGGAUGUCCAUGCAUCUAGAAUUGAGGCUAACGAAUUGAUUACAAAAAUACGAGAAUAUUUCAAGAAUGAUUUGGACUAUCCAUAUAAUGUCGAUGAAUUUUUAUCAUCUUUCAAGAAGUACAUAACAGACAAAGCAAGAUUCAAAAAACUUUUGACUGGAUCUAUUUUACUUCCUGAGGAAAAUUCACCUAUUUUAGAACAUGUACAGAUGAGCAUAUUGCAAAUGCUAUUAAGAAUAGACUUUAUUCAGACAAAGUUAAUUAAUAUACUUUUCGAUGAAUUAAUAACUUAUGUAUUACAAGAAAAUAUAUCUGGUGAAAUGUAUUGGAUAAGAAGUAUUUUAGGUCAAUUUCGGGAAUUGGAAUCCUUUGAAGAUGGGGAAAAUCUUUUAAAGAGAUUAUUUGCAAUAAUAGAAACUUCAGGAGAUAAUGAACUAGCACAGCAUGAGCUUAUUUGGAGUUUACCACAGAUUACACCUGAUAAUCUUCACAAUUCAAUAGCUUUAGAGCUCAGUCGCAUUCUUCAAGAUAAUUUUUCUUUAACAAAUGUGAUUUUGGAUAAUUUGGGAUGUUUAUGGCUUUCACCAAAUGUGAGAGCACAAAUUGAUGACCAGAUUUUAGAGCUACUGAAGGCAGACGCGCCGCUAGAAAAAAUGCAUAACUUUACUAAAUAUUUAAUGUGGAGAUGUAAUCCGGAAAAUGCUCAGCAUAUUAUUACAGGUUUGCGAGCAAAUUUAGAUUGGGGGCCUUUGGUUCAUUCUUCUGAUGAGCACUACAAAGCUGAGAGAUUUACAAGCCAGGUGCUUACAUUUGGUAUAAUUCGAGAUUCUCUAAGAAAUUUUUUGAUCGAUAUUUGGAGCAAAUUAUUGUUUUCAUAUCAAUCACACAAGGAUAUCAAACCAUUUGAUAUAAUUAUGAUCUUCUUAUUAUGUAUAACAUCUGUUAAACGAAAACAGUAUUUUUUCACCAUAACAUGCAAACGAAUAAUAGACAGCAUAUUAAGGCCAGAUGUAUUAGAGAAAACAUUCAAGGAUUACUAUCCCGUUUUCAAAGAUAAUUUUCAAGAGUUUAUUAUUCUCUUCACCAAAUUUUUAAAAAGCAAGUAUACAACAGUGUCAGCUUUUGGGGGAUUAUGCUAUAAAUUUUAUUUAUAUUAUCAAGAUGAUAGUAGUAAUACACCUGCGUUUUCAAGUCAUAUAACCAAAACAGUUUUGAUCGAGUUAGUGCAAUUAGUGAAAUUUUCUGAAACAACAUGUACUAUAGUUUUAACUGUUCUCUUGGAAUUGUGUGCAAAUCAUGCACGUCAUUUAUGCCAUAAUGCUGUUUUGCUGAAUAAAUUACUUUAUUCUAUCGAUUCAAUGACUGUGGUUCAAGUUCGUAUGGCAAUGAAUAUUUUGUGCAGUGCUGCUUUCCCAUUAAAUGAACAAAACUCAGGCUUUUCAUUACAAGAUGAUAUUCGAAUAUAUACUCCAAAAUGGUUGUCAUCAUUUUUAACAAUAGAAAAGAGGAAAGGAAUCGUUUGCUGUGUGGCGGUGGUACAACAUAUAGCAAAAAAACACCUUGACAAUAAUAGUGAAAUAUCCAGUGCACCAAGCAUUCCUUCAGUUGAAAACUCUCAAGAUCUACCACAACAUGGUAAAUGUAAAGAUGCAGCAUCUAUGAUUGAUUCUAUGUUUAUGUUAAUAUCAGGAUAUCCCGAUCUAGAGGGGAUGGCAUAUGAUGAACUAGCUAGCAUGGUACAAAUGCACCAUUCAGAGCUCGAUGAUCAAUUUAGUAGCUGGUUGUGUAAUAGAAUUACAAAUGAUUUUAAACGAUUCUUCACUACAGAUAAAAUUGCAAAUGAAGUAUUGAAUGGUUGUCAUAUCAAAGAAAUGUUCUGCAUAAACGAGCGAAAUCACAAAAAUCAUCAGGCUCUUAUCAAUAUAGCACCAGUUGUUUUCAAGUGUUAUAGGGAUUGUAGUGCUGUCAAUAUAAGUGCUUUAUCACCUCUUUUUCGUUUACUAAGGCUUUUGAAAGUUGAGUCUGGUUCUAAUUUGAACUUUGUUAAUACAAUUCUUGACUAUGGAGUUGCCAUGCCAGUUGUUGAAGAUUUAGAUGAUUUUGAGGAAAUAUCUUUUGAACAACGUAGUCCUGUACUAGACUGCAUAUUUCAUUGUAUCAAUUGGUUUAGAGAAUUAAUUAGUGCAUUUUUAUUCAUGCCUGAAAUGGAACAAAAAGUUCUUAAACGAUUGAAGAGCACUAUCAAUAUGGAGAAAAAAUUCCAUAGCUUAUUAUCGCUUAAUGGUCUAGAUUAUAAACCGCCAUCUUCAAAUUUUCACAAAGAAAGAGACUUAGAAGUUGCAAUAACGAAGAAACCUCCAAAGAAAGGUGGUACUAAAAAAGCACAAAAUAAAGAUACUAUUCAGAUUGAAGAUACUACUACUGCUAAUCCUCAAGCAAAUAUAAAAAAUCAUAAACCAACAAUAGAUCCAUGUGGAAAAAUAUUCAGAGCAUAUGAUAAUAGUUUGAUAAUACUACUGAAAAAAAAAUUGUUAGUAAGUAAUAAAGAAGAGAGCAUAACUAUGGAUGAAAUGUCGUAUAUACUUCAAAAUGUUAUCUAUAAAUUAGAAAUCUUAAAUGGUAAAAGUAAAUUAUCAGAGGAACAAAAUUUUAUGGAAGCACCUGAAGUUUUAAUGAAGGAAAUUAUUCCUAUCAUACCCAAUGUAUUAGAGAAUUUUAACGAAAUUUGCAAUAUAUUAGUUGAUGUUUUGAAGGAAUGUGAUUAUAUAAAAGAUGCUAAUGUAAUGUAUUUCGAGAAAACAAUGCAAGCUAAAACUUGCCUAUUUUUGUUACAAAAGUUUUUUUCAUCUAUAUUUGGUUGGACAGGAUUUACCAUUUCAAAAAAUAAGCCAUUAUUUAAAGAGUUACUUGGUGGAUUUCCAAGAAGCUGUGAUUCUGAAGAAAAAAGUAUGCAUGAUUUAGUAGUAUCUGCUGCAAACUUUUUCCUUGGACAUAGAUCAGUUAUUAUAACAUUACCUUGUGCCGCCAAUUUAAUAAAAAUAUUAAAUGCUUUAACUCAAUAUAUUGAAGACAAUGAUUUAGAAAGUAAACUCAUUACAUUAUCACAUGAAUUUUUAAGUGAAGAAUGGUAUGAUGAAACAGGUGCAAUAGAGAAAGGAAGAAAUUCCAAUUUAAACCUAGAAAUAGUAUUGAAAAAUUAUUUUCACAAGGCAGAUGUCAAAAAAAUUGUACAGAAUGUUAACUGGUUAAGAGAGGAAAUUGCAGCAGCAGAUAAAAAAAAAUAUCAUCUAAAGACUUUUCCUUGUUUUCACAAGUCCAAUUUCCCACUACUAUACAGGAAUGUAUUUCAUGCAUUUAUUCAAGCUGUUCGUGAUCGAAUAUUAAAACCAUUAUCGAGUACUCAGCACUUAAGAUUUUGGGAAGCUAUAAUGAACACAUUAGGAAAACUAAUGUUAUUGGCCAAAGAACAAGAUUCAAAAAUAAUCAUUAACAUUUUUAUAAAACAAUCUCCUAUGAUACUUAAGAUUUUUUUAAAACAAGGUUUGUCCGGGCUAGAAGUUUUGCUAAGGAAUAACACAGAGGAUGUAACUAAUAUAUUAAAAACAAUGCAGCAGAGUACUAGAUUUAUAAAUUCUAUUUGUGUUCAGGCUAAAACAACAAAAGAUGUAACAUUGAUGUCUUGCGUUCCCACUGUUCUUAGAAUUUUAGAGACAAUUGUUUAUAAAGUAAAAGCUGUUCUUGUAGCAAAUAAAUGUCCUACAGCUUUUAUUAUGGGAAAUCUAAUUAACAGAAAUGUUAAAGGUGAAAUUAUUGCAACACAGAGUACUAGUGUAACAGAAAGUAAUAAUGAUUCCGAAGAUCAAUUUCCACCCAGUAAUUCUGAAUCAGAAUUAGAAUCGGAUUCAGAGCCUGAGGAAUGUGAAAAACAUGGGAAAAACAGAGAAUCAAGAAGUAAUCUUUACUAGGUAUUACUAGUUAUAUUUUAUUGUAUAUGUAUAUACAUUAUAAUUACAAUCCAUAUCAACG